AUGGAGCAAGUGGAGAGAAUCCAGAAGGGAAGCACUAAGAUGUUUAGGGAACUGAAGCAUUUCUCUUACGAAGAAAGACUGGGAGAGCUGGGACUGUUCAGCCUGGAGAAGGCUCACGGGGAUCUCAUCGAGACAUACAAAUGUCUGAAAGAAGAGUGCAAGUGGUGCACACUGCCUGGACAAGAUGCACAAAUUGAAGCACAAGAGGUUAUGUCUGAAUAUCAGGAAACACUUACUGUGAGGAUGUUUCAGCACAGACACAGGUUGCCCAGAGAAGCUGUGGACUCUUCCUCUUUGGAUACAUUUGGAAGCCAUUUGGACAUGGGCCUGGGCAACCUGAUGAGAAGAAUUUGGGAAUCCUGGUGGACGAAAAGCUUCAAUGCGGCCGGGCGGGAGUUUCCGGCGUCGGUGACCUGCGGCGGUGCCGGCGGGCGAAGCGGGCAGCCUCGACCAUCCUUGCUGCCUCGCUUAAGGCGGCCAGGGCUGCCGGCAGCUGCACCCUGGCGUGCAGCAGCAGCAUCUUCUAGGGUCUCUAAUCUGCCUGCUCUGCAAGCAGCAGCCUCUUCCACGCCUUCUCCGAGUGGCAGAGCGCGUGCCGUGGGCGUUAGAGGCAGCAGACUCCCAGUUCUUGCCCGGAGACCUCAUGUCCAGGACGGGACAGCAAGGGCUGAGAGCCGGGGUGCAGCUCUGGAAGUCUGCUCAACUGUUCUGGUGCCUCGGCAUGCCAGAGCCGGUCAGAACUACGUGGUAUCCCUGAACUGUGCUGCAGCCGCAAGCCCGAGAGUCGGAGUGCAGCUGGCAGUACCAGGGCGCCGUGCACCCACCAGCGGCCUGAGAACACCAGCAGGAACGGCCCAGGUGCUGUCCACCAAGGCUGGGAAGAUCCACGCAGCUUGGAGAGAUGCUCAGGAGGGCACCAGAGACACUCGUGCUGCCACUACGCCAUCUUCCAGAGCAGCUCAGAAGGGCCCAGAACGGCAGGCAGGCGGCAAAGAGCGAGACAAGGAGCCUCUGCCUGCAUUAGUGCCUGAAGAUGCAGGCAACUUAGAUGAUCCUGAGCCUGCAGGAUGCCUUGAGUCUCUGCCUGCAUCAGUGCUGGAACAUGCAGAAAGCUCAGAUUCUUCAGAUGAGGCCGAUGCAGCAUCUCUCCCCUUGUCAGUGUCUGAGGGAGAAGAAAGAGAAGAAUCAGCUAUGGCCAUGCCUGAAUCCUCCGGACAAGGUCUGGGAGAAGCACGGAGACUCCUAGAUCCCAGCGAGAUGAACAGGGAGCCGUAUGGGCACUCUCCCGUGAUCCCAGCAAUGCGGAGAAUUCGUGACGAGGACAGAAACGAUCACGUGUUGUCACAUUGGAAUAUUUCCUGGCCAAGGAAUGUGAGAAGCCCCAGGCAGCGAAGGCUCCAGGCAAGAGGUGACACAUUCAAUAAUGUUGGCCCUGUUCAGGGCAUGCCAGCCAUCCGGCCCACAACAUCACAGGCUGGUAACUGGUUUCUUGACUCUGGUGACACCCAAAAGCGGACUGUUAGACUGCCAGUUAUACUGGUAGGGUCCAGUAAUGACAGCAACAGUGCUGCCAGCACUGCUGAGGGCACGCUGGAUGCCAGAGACACUGUGGUGACAGAUGAGGGCAUGCGCCUGCCCUCCUGUCCUUGCCCUUCAGCACCGGAGAAUGUGGAGGAAGACUGGGAAUGUGACUCUGAGGAAGAUGCUGAAGCAGAGGCAGUCAGCAUCACAUCCAGCACCUCCAAUGAGUCAUCUGGUGAAGCGGAGGCCACGUCUUCAGCUUCAUCUAUGGCUGCAGAUCCCAUGACUGAGGAGCACGCGUCAGCUUGUGAGGAAGCAGAAGAUGUGGGCCCUCAGCAUGAGGCUUCUGCAGAGGCUGAAGAACAUGCACUGAGCUCUGUGUGCUUCAGAGAUGCACCGGAGGAUGGCCCAGGUACCGCUGCCGCACCACACGCAGCGUCUCGCCGCCGGAUGCCAGCUGUCAUCAGGACUGUGCUCCGGGCUCUGCGCAGGGUUUGCACCUGCAGCUGCAUCAGGGGACAGCGUGAGGAGAGGCACGAGGCUGCCAACACCAGGCAGCUCCCCAGAGAUGUGUGAUUCCAUCCUGUCAGUGUAGAAUUCCGAUUCCAUCCCGUCAGCGUACAAUUCUGAUUCCAUCUUGUCAAUGUAGAAUCUGGUUCCAUCUUGUCAAUGUAGAAUUCCAUCCUGUCAACAUAGAAUUCUCAUUCCAUCCUGUCAUCAUAGAAUUCUGAUUAAAUGCUAUCUUUAUUCUAACCUGGCUGAGUGCUGUCUGAUCUGUGCGCUCAUGUGCGUUUGGUCUCUGAGUGCAACUUCUGGGCUCAGAGCACGGGGCAAUGGAUCCGUGUGUCCGUGGUGCCAGCAGGUGCAGAGAGCGUGGGCGUGCCAGGCAGAGUGAUUUCUGGCUUGCAAGGUGUGAGCUGGCUGAGCCGGUGUGUGUGUGAGGUGGCCUGCGAUGAAGGGGGUGAGGGGCUCUGAAAGGGGCAGCCCUGGUGGGAGAGCACCGGUGUGUCUGUAGGGGUGGGAGCACGGCCAGGCACCUGCCUAGAGGAGACCAGGAGUGUCCCGGCUGGGUCAGGGCUCCUCAGGUGUCACACUGCGCAGGCUUGGGUCCUCCCUACAUUGACGUCAUCAUUCCCCCAUAUGCGGAUGUCACCAAUAUACAGAUAAACCCGGACACCGUGGUCCAACGUGAGCUUCUGCAGCCUCCGUGCCUAUGCUCCGAGCGCCAGAGUGGGCGCGAGUGUUUGUACCCGUGGGGUAAUCGGGUGAAUGUGCAUUGCACUCCCUCCAAGUAAAUGCAAAUUGAUUGUCCUCCACCUUCCUCAAGGGGACCAUAAAAUAUCUGUCUCAGAUAUCAACAGCAGCCAGAAGGGGGUGAGCCUGUUCCUGGAGAGCAAUAAUCAAUUCCGAAACAUUUGGGGCAGCUUUUGCUGAAGGGGCAGUCUUGGCAUCCAGACGCCUGUAGUCCACUGUUAGGAAAGUGACUGAGCCAUACAGUAUGAGCACGCCCAGGCUUCUCGUGCUCCAAGCAGCAGAUGAUAGUGCCAAUGCUGCCGACACUGCUUGGGGCAUGCUGGACAUCUGUGCCACGACAUCGAGGGCUGAUGGCCACUUCCCGGCAUCUUGUGAUUCCCAAAGCCGGGAUAUUAGAAUUAAGUAUGCACAGGAAGAGACCACUGACGAUGCUGCCAGUGAUGCCAGCACCGAUCACAGCAUGCUGGAUGCCAGGGACAGUGCAGUAAUGGCUGAGAGCAUGCUCACACCUGAUACUGUGGAGGGUGUGGAAGAAGACUGGCAAGACAACCGUGAGGAAGAAGCGUGCUGAGGCAGCCAAGCAUUUCUGGUUCUUCAUAGGGUGAGGUGAAGACCACGCCUUCAGCUUCCCCUGUGGCUGCAGGACCCAGACCUGAAGGACAUUCAUUUGCAUGCAAAGGAGCAGAAAGUACAGGCAAUUUCAAGCACAAGGUGAGAGAAGUCCAUGUGGUCAGCACCAGGUGUGAAAUGAAGGCACAGACAGGAGCUAUGCUGGAGUGUGCACAGUGGGGAGAUGCCUGAUACUGUCUACUUUCCAUCCAGCUCCAUGCAGAAAGGUGGACAUCCCCUCCAUAACCCCUGGCUUGCCUUCAUGUGAGAGGCAUGGUUGACAAACCAGGAGCAGAGAACCUGGAACUUGGAGUGUUGCUGGCAAGGAACCUACAGGGCUGGUUUUCCUCUCGCCUCACAGGUUUCUGCAGAGGCCAGAAGAGGUGCACAGAACUCCAGUCGCAUCAGAGAGACGUCAGAAGAUGGCCCAGAUAUGUCCCCAAAUGGAGAGCCUUCCCAGGAAGGGCCUGCUGAGCCCGACCAGCCCCGUCAGCAGCUCGGAGGCUGGCAGCACUCCAAGCACACCGUCCUGCUGUGCCCAGGACAGCUUUCC